GGUCGUUCUUGUCUCUUGUCUUUGCCUCAGUUGUCUCCUUGUGCCACUCACAUCCUAGCGUUUCCACGUCAAGUCACUUUCCGUUGCCUUCGAGGUUUCAUAUUCUUUUCGUGAGUGUCGUUAUAAGGAUGCAAAGUGGUAAAUUUGAGAUCCCUGAGCUCCCGUUUCGUAGACGACAAGUCGUUUAGGGGGGUACGUAGCCUCUUUCAUCAUGUCGUUCUCUGAUCAUGAUCUCACGACCCGAUUUGAAUUUUUACGCGUGUUUUAACCGAUUUCAGCUCCUAUCAUUGUUUGUCUUUGACCCACAUUGACGGAGAGUAUAUAUGAGCCCGAAUCGGAAACGUCCUCAGUGCCAUACCUGCAACCACCCCAUGGCGGGUCAUAAACGUCCAAACGGCGCACCUGUUUGCCCAACCAGUGCCAGUCCCCAACCACAGGAUAGCCUUCCCUCGCCUCCUACAUCUCCGUCACCGGGUUCUUCGCGUCAAACCAAACGUACUAUCACCGCUCUGCCUACAAGUGGUCGGUGGGUCAAUCCAAACUUUGUCGAACCAUCUCGUGCCCCUGCGCUCACGUGGGAGAGAAGGGACACGCCUAUGACUUGGGUAUCCACUGAACCUGCCGACGAUCAACCACCUGUUAAGAACGAGACCCAGACUGCAGCACCUCGACCUUCUCCUGAUGUUAUCGAAUGUAUGGUCAACGAGUCUGUCUCUACUUCCUCUCCCUCGAGUUCCUCUUCAACAUCCACGCGACUUCAACGAACUCUCACGUGGCUUGGGAGUGGUGUUCCACUUGCCACUGUUUUCAGUACCCCAAGGGAAGAAAUCACUGCACUCACGCGAGGUGCGAGGGAGCGCGGUCUGCAUGCAGGCAUCGCUCACUUCCCUCGAGAUGUAGUCAAACGAGAACCCUCGUCGGUCAACUCACCGCUUGAGCGGCAGAGUUCAUGGAGGGUAUUUAUAGGGAGGGAUGCGGGAGCCGUCACGCAUCUAGUGAAUUUGCACGAGAAGGAUGCAAUAGGUGCACUUGACUAUGGGCAACGCAAUGAAAGAGUCGGCGCGUAUCCUCCAGACACGCAACCCUCCCAAGCCGGAAUAUUUAUUCUUUAUGGGUUGUUCUGCUCUGGGCUUACGACGUUGAUGAUGUUCUGGCUCUUAUCAUCAACUUAGCAACUAACAGCAGCGGACCAUCGGCCAUCGUCAGGACCACAAUUAUGUUUUAUGUAUGUAUGCGUCCAGUUAUCAUCUAUGCUAUCUAUCAUAUGCUAGUCCCUUGAUUUGAUCUUUACUAUAAGACGAGUCCC